AUGAAGCAAAUUGGUCCUUGGUCAUUCUCUCAACGUUGCAUCUCUCGGAGAAGAAUGGGUUGGAGUCGUCCUCAUCAGCAAACAUUCUCUCGUUGGAAUUCUUUCCAUCCGUCGACCAUUCUGAUAUUGGACCACCAUCGCCUGAGGAACAACCAUAGAGAUGCACCAUUGUUAAAUAAUGAUAAUCAUUCAUAUAGAGCCUUUUCUUCAUCAUAUAUCAUUCAUUCCGAUAAUACUCAUAAUGUAAUUUUAAAUGCAAGUAGUAGUACUGAUGGUACUAAAAUUGAUGGAACUGAAAAUUUCUUGUUGUUGGGACAAUUCUCAAACAGUACCCAAGAGGAAGUUUCAUCGUUUUCAUUGGACCUUUCUCAUUUAAUGAAAAAGAAAAAAGUGAAGAGAGUAAAAUUGGACGACGAUGAUGAUACGGAGAUCAUGGAAUCUACAACAACAUUUCAUGAUCAAUGGUUUCAAUUAAAUUUUCCACAACAAACUCAACGACAGCUUCGACUUCUUCCUCGCUUGAAAAGCCUGGCAAAUAUUUUUUCUCCAAUUUUUAAAUACUUGGAUAAGGGAUUAUUUCACAAAGCUCUUUUUAAACUCGAGCAACACAAGUCCAUCAUACAAGGAGCUGUCUUGGACACUCAACGUUUAACAGCUCAACAAGCACAAAUACUAACCAUGGAGCUGGAAAAAUAUAAAUCCCUUGCUGUUGGUCAAGUUUGUGAUACACUCUUGGACCGAUUUGACCAAACACACGAAUAUCUAAAAAUUCAAAAAGUUUUGAGCUUUCUACGAGAUUUUACGAAUCAUGUAAAUUGUACACAUAUCGGAAAUUUUAGGUCUUUAUGUGAUCCCAUUAUUCAACGAUCAAUUUCAAUCCUGAUACGCUCAUCUAUCGAUUCAAUGAAGAGCCUAUAUUCAGAUCAUUUGUUCGAGGCUGUAAAAAAAGAUGUCAUGACAGAUAUUUCUCCCUCACUCAUGAUGCUGUUGGAUAUUUUUCAAAAAGACGAAUUUUCUCAGAACUCGUACAUUAAGCAAUGCAUUUCAUUUAUAUUGGAACUAAACAAUAAUGCCUAUUUUAUUAUGGAUAUCUAUACUCUUGACAUUAUUCUAGAGUUGCUUAUGGAAGGCAGGAAAUUUGAUGUUGCUUUCAAACUCGUCCAGAAAGAAAGCGAUAGACUCAUUUUACCAUUUCUCAAGUUAUUGUCAAACGAUCAUUCAGAUCAACAAUCCUCUGUGGAAUUUACCUAUCACAACGUUCCUCGUAUUUAUGGAUUAGUUGAAAAAGUAAUGACAAUUUUUGGAGAAUCCGGCAAAUACGAUCAGUUGUUGAAUCUAUAUAAGAUACUCAAACGCCCAUCACAACAUUGCUUCAACAUUCUUGUUCAGUAUCUUGCACAAUCUCAAGUCGAACAACACUAUGUUGCUCUGAUGGAAAUCAUUCUUGACACUGUAAAAAACAGACACAAGUAUGUGCAUAUUAUUACUCCAAUCAACAUCAAGAACAUGUUUAGAUCCAACUCUAUUAUCACAAAACAUUUCACUCCUGAAGACAUUGAAACCUUAAGAACUCUAAUUUUCGAAAAUUUGAAUAUGAAACCUAGCCCUCGAAUCCUUAAUUUAUUUCUGAAUUUAUAUCUUAAACAUGGGAUGGAAAAGGAAGCUUUUGAAAUUUUUGAACAGUUUUAUACGAAUGGAGUGGACACAAAUGUGUCUACUUUGACCAUAAUAUUAACUUAUCUAUGCGAGCAGAAACAAUACAUUGAUGCAAUCAAAAUCAGUGACAAGUCCAUUACAGAGCCUAUCGUGUUUGACAUUCCAUUUUUAAACAUGUUAUGGAAAAUUUAUUAUGAAUACAUUUGGAAACAUUUACUUGUUAUAAACAAAACUAGCAACAACGGAUUUUCAAAGCAAGAAACAAAUAUUCAAUUAUUAGAGUAUAUCCGGGAUUUUGAACAGCAGAAUUUCUACACCAUUCUAACUUGGAGAAAGCAUAAAAAAGAAAACCCUCUGUAUUGUGACGACAUCAUUGAUGAAAGUGAGGAAUCAUCAUUGGACAACCAACACGAUGAGAGACUCCAUCGACAAUUAUUAAUUUUUGAAUAUUUGGUCAUUCAAAUGGAGAGAGCAUUCGACAAGUACAUUCUUACAAGCUACAAUUAUUUAUACGAUUCCAGUAAUACAACUUCUGUGUAUCCACCACCACCAUCUGCUCCCUCCUCGACACCAAAAGACAAAAUCUAUUCGAGCAACAAGCAUUUACACUUUCUAAGGGAAGGAAACAAAAAUAUGACUGAAAAAACAUAUUUGGAAGUGAAUUCUUUAUCUACAAUUCCCAAUUAUCUACGUAACAAACAAUCCAAAAUGAUUGCUUCAGAUGCAUGUACCGUAGAUUUGAAAUUACUUCUUCAAUGCUAUUGUGUGAGACCAAGAUUGAGACAAAUUGACGAUUAUUUGAAAUUUGUUUGUGGAGCCUACAGUGCAAAAAGUCCAGUUCGAAAAUUUCACUAUUACACAGUCAUUUGCUCGUUAGUAGAGGUUGGAAAUAUUGAAUACGUGAAAAAGUAUGUGCAAGCCCAAUUCGAUAAUUGUGAAAUGUCCAAUGAAGGGAGAAUCAACACCAUGUAUUCAAUUUUAAAGAUCAUUCGAUCCAAAAUUUCUCCUUCUCUCAGACGCAAGUAUUGCACCGAUUGGAAAAAGAAAACUCUCGAUGAAGUUCAUCACAUGAAAGAUUUAUUGACCAUUGCUGAGUGGAAUCAAGUGAUUCAACGAUUUCAUUCAAAAAUUGACACUACUCCUCCAUCCGCGACAAUAACCAACACGGAGCAAUUGUUGGAAUGGGUCUCAACAAACAUUUUAUUAUAUGUAAAAUGA